CGCGCCAUCUGAACAAAAUGUUGGUAUGACGUCGCGGCCAGUAACUGAUUCAUUCAGCCAGGUUGUGAAGAACAAGAAUGGAAAAAGAGGUCGCAUUGGUGGAAGUAGUGUGCAAAAUAAAUGUACAGAACCACCGAACUCUCGUGGCGCGAAUGUGACAGCGACUUCUCGUGCGGAAGUUGGAAGCACAAGCAUACCCAUGCCUGCAAUGUAUGGAUUGCAACCCGUGUUGCCAGCGGUACAACCGAUGUUGCAUCCAAUGCAUGUACAACCGUUAAUCCCACUAUAUCCAACGACAGUUGCGGAAAAUUCGGGUUCGUGUUUCGGUAGGCCACAACGACUGAUGAACAAUGGUGGUACUUGAACGAGCAAAUAAGUAGCUGUAAUUUGACCAGGCAUGACUUUGGAGGUGAUUUUUAGUGGUAUGACAAGGUUUAGGUUAGAAUACAUGCAUCUAUAUAGGUUUUUUGUGUCAUAGCAUAUAGUUUGUAAGUUCAGUGGAGUCAAAUCAACACUGAUACAGUUUAUAUGUUCUACUGUCAGUCACCUAAUUCUAUGAGUGCAGUAGUGGUUAUAUUACCAUCAUGCAUUAAUAUUUUUUUUCACCUAAAGUUAAUGCCAUUGAAUGAGGUUUAGGUUAGGUGUAACUAUACCUAUAUAAUUUUUCCAAUAUAUAUAGUAGUAGUACCACCAAGAGAGGAAAAAAUAACA